AUGAGCGGCGCAGUUUUGUUUCUUGGGAUUGUCCACAACCUCCCUCUGACCUUUGACCUCAGAUUGGCAGCAGGAUGUGUAUUUGUUGCUCUGUGUGCAGUGGGCGGGGCUUUGUCCUCCUCCUUCAGGUGCUCAGUCCUCCUGACAUUUCCCAGCAUGCUCGGCUCUCGUGGCAGAGCGUAUCUGCUGCUGUUCAUCCUGUCUGUGUUGUACGCAGGUCCAAUAUCAAACAUCCAGCGUAAUGUUGAGACAGCAGCACUGACUUUGAGCUGUAACCUGGACCUGCAGGUUCAUCACGGCAGGUUGCUGUGGAGAGACACCGUCAGACCAUUGAUACUCAUUGCACAAGAGCUCAAGGGUGAAAGCGCUGGUUUCCAGGUUGAGACUCACAAAAUCAAUGGGGAGUUUCAAAACAUCAGAGAUGAAGUCCUACAUCAAUAUGGAUACAGCCAAUUUGAACCUGAACACACCACCAACACCACACAGGAGCAGUUCACUGCAAAGACCAUGAUGCAGUGCAACAGUGUGGUGGAUCAGGGUGUGCAGCGCUGCUCUGAUUGGUUCAGCCUCAAGUGGGUGGAGUGUAUGGAGGCCAUUCCCGUUCCUGUCAUCAACCACAUCCUUUGUGUGUCCAUGAAGUUUAACUUCCUGUGUGACAUCAUGAGAGUCAUGACUCCAUGGUGCAAGGAGCAUAUUCCUGUUGAAGGAAACUUCGGUCAACUGUUCGACCAAGUAAACCGUUCAGUCGACCUCCUAUCCAGAGAAUUCAGCACAGAACUCGUCCUCCAGGAGGAGGAGCAGCAGUCGGUUCUGGGAGGUGGAGUUCUGUUAGAGCAUGAGUUCACUGAGGCUGUGAAGGAAUCCUUUAAACAACUGACAACUACGAUGGAGAGUGUGAUGAAUCUCCUGCAGCUGCUGAAGUCAUUCACCUUCCUCACCAUCUUCAUCCAAGCUUUGACUUACCUCCUUCACUACAGGAGAGACAUUCGAUUUGAUAAUGUCUACAUCACGUCCUACUUCAGGCAGAUUGACGCCCAUAGGAGGAGAGCGGGUAAACGCUGUGUUCUACCUUUGAAAAAGUCUGGAAAAAACACACCAAUUAAGCCCUGCAGUCUGAAGAUGCACUCUGAGGAGAUCCAACAGCUGACGUCUGGCGUGUUUCAGCUGCUGUCCAUCUCUCUGCUGUCCAUCAUCCUCUUUGCUGUCGACUUCUUUCUGCUCCAUGUAUUGGACAUCAUCAGCAGACACACUGUGACGCAGUUCAACGUGACUGGUGGUCACCAGGUGGACAUCAGAGUGGGUGGGGACUCGCUGAUGGCCCGCCUACUGAGGAAGACAGUGACAGCCUUCAACAGCUCGUCCAGUUUUGACAUCCACACUGACAACCAGGUGUGUGCUUCCCCUCCCUUCCGUCUCUCUGUUUCUGUCUACAUGAGCUGUGUUGGCUGCGUCCUGAUGGUGGUGCUCCUCAGCUGUAUUCAGGUUUACACCAACAGACUGAGACGACUCAUCGCUGCUGUGUAUCAUCCAGAGAGGGAGAAGAGACGAGUUCUGUUCCUCUACAACCUGACACUCCAAAGGCAGAUUUCCUCCUCUAACAGUAAAAGCACCAAGACUCGCCAACACAAGAGUAGGAUGGAGCGUCUGAGCAGGUUUUGUUGUCAUCUGUGUGGAGUCCAGGGACAGUAAGAGUCCACCUCUGUGGAGACACAAUACAACCCUGG